AUAGCAGUACGUUAAAUGUCACCCAAACUGUAAAAGAACAGGCUGACAGAAUGAACUGGGACAAUCAGCUGAGCUCUAUUAUAUCUGCAGCUGAUGGCAGUGUUGCUAAAAUGCGGGAACGGCUUACCACACAUGGAAGGCUUUCCAGAGGAAGAGAAGAUGUGUAUCCGGUGAGAGAGAAGAGUCAUGCUGUGGGUCUGGAUCCACUUGUGCCCCCUCCUCUCCCCCAGGCAUCCUCCACUCUCAGCGGUGCUGUUCAGUGGGCAGAUCUGGCAGGCUUACAGGCCCAACUCCACAGCCAUAGCCAGACGAUUGAAUUCCUAACGCAGAGCUUGCUGACAGUGGAGAGAGAGAGAAAUGCUCAGCAAAGACAAAUACAGACAUUACAAGAUGAGAUGAGGAGGCUUGAGGAGAGGUUGGAGGACCGGGAGAGGCAGAGGGAGCGAGAGAGGGAGAGAGAGAAAGAAGGAGAGAAGGACUCGGGGGCGGAGAGACGGCUGGAGCAAUGGAAGAGAGAAGUGGGACGAGAGUUGAGCAGCCUCAGAGGCCACAUUGACAGGGCCACGUCGCUAGGCAACCAGGAGGAAAGUUUCAGCUCUAAACUGCGCAGAGAGGAGGUUGAACAGCUCAGGAGAGAGGUGGACCUGCUCAAAAGCAAGUUGAUGAGGCAAGAGGAGGAUAUGUACCAACAGCAGUCAGAGGCAAGAGAAACAAGGAGGCAGUAUGAACGCAGCUGCAAGACAUUGGAAACCCUCACAGAUUCCUACCGUACACACAGUUUUGAACUGGCCAGGAUUGUCUCCCAGUACCAGCACACACAGCAAGAUGUACGAGAGCUCCGACUUACAGUAUCUGAACUGAAGGAUGAAGUGAGAGGCCUGAUUCUGAGAGACAGACUCCCCACACCUGCAGAAGUGCUAUGCAAACCAACUCCUUCAGCAUCAGCAGUUGCUGUGGAGACGAGUCCCCUGAGACGAGUGUUGUCUGAUUCGGAAGAUGACUUUAGCCCCACCCCAAGCCUUGGGGAGGUUAGCUCAGACGACCUGGACACAUCCUGGCUUGGAGAAUCUGCCCCGAAACUAAGAAGCCAUAGACGAGAUGCACGCUUGAGUCUGUCAGGAAGUGACCUAAGCGAUGCCGGGAGUGGACUUGGGAGUGGACUUGAAAGUAACCAUGACGACAUAGGCGGUGAUCUGGGAGGAGUUUCAGACAGUCCUCCAGAGCUCAGUCUCAGUGACCUCUGACAUCAACACUGCGUUUACAGUUAGCAGUGCGCAUAUCUGGUCAGUUGCCUAAAGAACCGUACAUGUAAAAUAAAACUUAACCCUAUGAAAGUGGCUUGGAGAUCUGACUGACCAUUCGUUUGCUCUUACUCUUAACUUUUGAAUAUGGCGUCUGAGUGUAGCUGACAGUAUUUGUUAAAUGAAGCAUGUUUUCCACUCUGUGUAAUCGAUCUGCUCAGUGGUGAAAGCAUCUUUACGAGCCUCGUGAACACACUGAGCUCUUUUUGUACUCAAUCUCUCCAAACAGCUGUGCUAUGAAAGGGACCCGUUAGCCCAGCUACAGUGUUUGUCUUUUUAAAUUUAAAGGGAUCUAUUCCCGGAAUAUGUGGUCAUCAUGUUUAAGCCUAAUAAACUGGGAACUUGUAUUCUGA